GAUGUGCGCCGGGAAGGGGACCAGAGAGCGAGGCUCCGGGGAGGCGCAGGCACCUACAGGGCCGAUCCCUGGUCCGCGCCUCGCGCCGCGCCCCCGCCCCCGCCCCCGCCCGAGCUCGGCAGUGGGAGGAGAAUGUGGAAGUCAACUUCAAGCAGAUUGACUUGAAGCGGGAUCUCAUUUGGGAAGCGUAAGUGUCCGAUAAAAACUGUGUGUUUUUUUUAUUUGGAAAAUACUCAAGUUCCAGUUGCUCAUAAUUCUCCUCCACUUUCUGAAAACCUGGCAAUCCCAUGUGGACUUCUGGUAGAAUGAGCAAUGCAAAGAACUGGCUUGGACUUGGCAUGUCCUUGUACUUCUGGGGACUGAUGGACCUUACGACCACCGUUCUCUCGGGUACCCCAACACCACAAGGUGAAUUAGAAGCACUCCUGUCAGACAAGCCACAGUCACAUCAGCGGACCAAAAGGAGCUGGGUUUGGAACCAGUUUUUCGUUCUGGAAGAGUACACUGGGACCGACCCUUUGUAUGUCGGCAAGCUUCAUUCAGAUAUGGACAGGGGAGAUGGAUCCAUCAAAUACAUCCUCUCGGGAGAAGGUGCUGGCAUCGUAUUUACCAUCGACGACACCACAGGAGACAUCCAUGCCAUUCAGAGACUCGAUCGAGAGGAAAGAGCCCAGUAUACUUUAAGGGCUCAAGCCCUAGACAGGCGGACGGGCAGGCCCAUGGAGCCAGAGUCAGAGUUCAUCAUCAAAAUUCAAGACAUCAAUGACAACGAGCCCAAGUUCCUGGAUGGACCUUAUGUCGCCACUGUGCCAGAAAUGUCCCCAGUGGGUACCUCUGUCAUCCAAGUGACAGCCACGGAUGCAGAUGACCCGACCUACGGCAACAGUGCCCGGGUGGUGUACAGCAUUCUUCAGGGCCAGCCAUAUUUUUCUGUGGACUCUAAAACAGGUGUAAUUAGGACAGCGCUCAUGAACAUGGACAGAGAAGCCAAAGAAUACUACGAAGUGAUUAUCCAAGCCAAGGAUAUGGGAGGGCAGCUUGGAGGAUUAGCUGGGACCACAACAGUCAACAUCACCCUCUCAGAUGUCAAUGACAACCCACCCCGCUUUCCUCAGAAACAUUACCAGAUGAGUGUGUUGGAAUCAGCUCCAAUUAGCUCCACUGUCGGGAGAGUGUUUGCCAAGGACUUGGAUGAAGGCAUAAAUGCAGAGAUGAAAUACACUAUUGUGGAUGGAGAUGGUGCAGAUGCCUUUGACAUUAGCACAGAUCCCAAUUUCCAAGUUGGUAUCAUAACUGUGAAGAAGCCCUUGAGUUUUGAAAGCAAGAAAAGCUACACCUUAAAGGUGGAGGGAGCCAAUCCUCACCUAGAGAUGCGUUUUCUGAACUUGGGCCCAUUUCAGGACACAACAACAGUGCACAUCAGUGUGGAAGACGUGGACGAGCCCCCCAUGUUUGAACCUGGCUUUUACUUUGUGGAGGUGCCUGAGGAUGUGGCGAUUGGAACAACCAUACAGAUCCUUUCUGCCAAGGACCCAGAUGUGACCAACAACUCAAUCAGAUACUCCAUUGAUAGAAGCAGUGACUCUGGAAGAUUUUUCUAUGUUGACAUUACAACAGGUGCCCUAAUGACAGCAAGACCCCUAGACCGGGAAGAAUUUUCUUGGCAUAAUAUCACUGUCCUUGCUAUGGAAAUGAACAAUCCCUCCCAGGUUGGAAGUGUUCCUGUCACAAUCAAAGUCUUAGAUGUGAAUGACAAUGCUCCGGAGUUCCCCAGAUUCUAUGAAGCUUUUGUCUGUGAGAACGCCAAGGCAGGACAGCUGAUCCAGACAGUGAGUGCAGUGGACCAAGAUGACCCACGCAAUGGUCAGCAUAUCUACUACAGCUUGGCUCCUGAGGCUGCUAACAACCCCAACUUUACCAUAAGGGACAACCAAGAUAACACAGCACGGAUUCUAACCAGGAGGUCUGGUUUCCGGCAGCAGGAGCAGAGUGUCUUUUACCUGCCUAUCCUGAUAGCAGAUAGCGGGCAGCCCGUGCUGAGCAGCACAGGCACACUGACCAUCCAAGUGUGCAGCUGUGAUGACGAUGGCCACGUCAUGUCCUGCAGCCCAGAGGCCUACAUGCUCCCAGUCAGUUUGAGCCGGGGUGCCCUCAUUGCCAUCCUGGCCUGCAUCUUCGUCCUCUUAGUGCUGGUGUUGCUCAUUUUGUCCAUGAGGCGGCACCGGAAACAACCAUACAUCAUCGACGACGAGGAAAACAUCCACGAGAACAUCGUCCGCUAUGACGACGAGGGCGGCGGCGAGGAGGACACCGAAGCCUUCGACAUCGCGGCCAUGUGGAACCCCCGGGAGGCGCAGGCGGGGACCGCCCCCAAGACGCGGCAGGACAUGCUGCCCGAGAUCGAGAGCCUCUCCCGCUACGUGCCUCAGACAUGCGCAGUGAACAGCACCGUCCACAGCUACGUGCUGGCCAAGCUCUACGAGGCCGACAUGGACCUGUGGGCGCCGCCCUUCGACUCCCUUCAGACGUACAUGUUCGAGGGCGACGGCUCUGUGGCGGGGUCGCUGAGCUCCCUGCAGUCCGCCACGUCGGACUCGGAACAGAACUUCGACUUCCUGACGGACUGGGGGCCCCGCUUCCGGAAGCUGGCCGAGCUCUACGGGGCGUCGGAGGGACCCGCGCCACUGUGGUGACGGAAGCCAGGAGGCGGGCGCGCGUCCAAAUCCAGACGUUCUCCGCGGGUGCUUCGCGGACAAAGCGCAGCCGACCACAAGAGCAAUACUGUGCUGGAGAGUGAGAAUGGGGGAGAACGGGCGAACAGAGCUCUCUCUGGACAGAGCUCAGCUUUACUUGGGUAGAUUAAGUUAAAUAAGCAAAAGGAAACCCAGGAAGUAGAGGGCAGAAUCUUCAAUUACCUUUUUUUCUUUUCUUUUUGAUUUUUCUGACACUGUGCGAAGGCUUGGAGUCCAACGUGUUAUGACAAGGGUGACUUUUCUCUGCCAUUCGCUAAGGCGUUUGUCGCUUUUCCACCACAGAAAGGCUCUGGCCUUGGAUACAGAGAUGCCAAUUGAAAGCAGAAAGUUCUAAUCUCAUAUCUGUUUUUUAUCUUAUUCUCCAUUUAAGAGUUUU